AUGUUCACCAAAGGCGGCACCCUUCCAAAUCAUCAGACGGAAGUAAGUCGUGACCGCUCGUCUGCAGCCUCAGACGCGGCAUUCCGCACGGACGUUCUGGCCUUUCGUAGUGAACCAGCUCUGAGCAAAUGGCAUACGCACAUGUCGCGUUUCAUAAGAGACCUACAAAGGUCGCCGAAUCGGCUCGAGAGGACGGAACACAACAAACUUGUUGGCAGUCGGAAGAAGACAGAAGACGUCAAGUCCAUGUGCAUUGUGGGUCUGCAGCUUGGGACAUUGUCAGUCACACUUUACGCGGAUAUGCGUACAGAUCCAAGCCCCUCAUGUCCGUGA